AUGACAGAGGAGAAGGUCAAUGAAGCCGCCCUGAAGUUAAGAGAUCUGUUCACUAAACAACCUCAAUUUACAAGAGAUUCACCGCUCGAUGUUGCUUUCAAAGAUUUAUAUGAGUCAAUCAUAUCGAAAUUACAGAAUUUGAAAACUUAUGAGAGCCUUGGCUUUGCCGAUAAUGAAUUAUUUGUCAGGAAAUUACUGCAUCAUUUCAUGAAUAUCCAUGCGAUCACCUGUGAUGAGCAGCGAAGCAACCCCGGAGACUUGCUACCAGUCUCACUUCAUGAUAUAAGAUAUUUGGAAGUUUUAAUAACGCUGAUCAUGAGUCAUGGAAUAGACGCCAACCUACCUGAAGAUAUGAGAAUACUACAGAACCACCGUGAAGUUGGCUAUAUCGUACCUAACUCUCACAAGAGGAACUUGGAUACAUUAGCUCUUGUGAUUGAUACGUUAUACCCAGUUUUCGUUCCAAAAUCCAUGCCCGAUGACGACUACAUUAGGUCGGUGAUCUUGAAGGGACCUUUGUAUCCCGAAAUGGUAGUCGGGACUAUGACUCUCUACUUAUCGCAAAGAGAUUCCAAGUAUGAACAAUACAGCAGAGAAUUAGAAAACGUUCAAGCAACGUAUGGUCUAUUCACGAUAUAUCCCUCGUUGGUUCAAUCUGUUAAAAACGCUAGGGCACACGCUAUACUACUCGAAAGAUUAAGCACUCUGCCUGUAAGGAGAGACGAUGGUUUGCUGAACAUAUUAGACUUCGUGACUGGUGCAAGAGAAAAUGAACAAGUUGAUACCGAAAAAAUUGACCGAUUCACGCAGUUGUUGGUAGCUAAACCUAAGAACAUUAAAAGUUUCGAUUAUUUUACGAAACUUUUUACACAAGUGAGGGCACAACUCUCCUAUAUCAACAGACCCGUUGUAAUAACAUGUUUGAAUAAUUUGAUCACAAUCAUUUAUUACAAGAACCCUAGAAUUAUUCAUGAUUUUUUAUUCAAACCAAUCUACGAAGUCCUUUUCAACAGGCCCGUUAAAGACCGUAGCUACACCGAAUUAAACAAUACUAUCAACAUGUUGAUAUCUCUGACGAAGAAUACUUCGACCGAGAUUAUCAAUGCAGUAACAAUCGGUUACGACAGGAACGAGUUCUACGUUCACCUAUGGAUCUACGCUCUUUUCCUUCGGAAGGACCAAGGGAUCAAACCACUUCUCUGUGACUCAGACGGUAAUAAGAUCAAGGAUGAUUCUUCACCAUAUUAUAGCGUCAUCUUAUCGCUUUUGAAAUCCUAUAUGGUCCUUACUGGCUAUUUUGAAGCAUUGAACAUUCUAAGCUUGAAUUUGAUCAACUUUGAGCACUCAGAAUGGAAAUACAGUAUUGAUCUGGAAACUAGGCUCGCAUUUAUGAGUAUCAAAGAUAAGCAUGACAAAAUAUCCGAUGAGUUGGCGCUCCCGCAUAGACAAGAAACAACCGUUAUCGAAUUAUUCGAUGAUAUGAAUAUCGCUGUUGAAAUGUUCAUUACGCUUUUAAAGCAAACAGGAAAUAAAGAGGUGACAAAGAAUCUGUUUUUAAAUGUCCUGAGUAGAUGGGUCAAGAGUACUACCAAGAAAGUUAAUAACACACUGAUCGAUGAGAAGAGCAAUAGUACUCUAAUUUUAAUGGAUCUGAAAAUCUUAGAGCAAAUGAACAGGGAAUUUACCAGCGAUAUAGUCAAGGACCCGAAAGACGUACUCAUUGUUAUUGAAGAGCUUAUAGAUUUUCUUGCAGAGGAAGAGACCAAAUAUUCACGAAACAACGAGGAUUCUGAUGAUGAAGAAGACGAGACUCGGGUUGAAAAGGAAGACGAUGACUCACUGGAGCCGUUCGGAAUACUAAUGGACUUACUUGCGGCUAUUUUGGACGAAGCAUCAAAGGUUGAUCUCUCGGCGGCUAAAAGCUCGAUGCAACGCAUUCGCUUGAAGUUGAUAAAUGUUAAUAGUCCAAGAUGCGACAUGUUGGAAAAAAAAGUGUCAGCUGUUUUGCUUGAUAUCAGUACCAACGCCAAUGAAUACCCAAACAUACAUCGAGAGAAAGAAUCAUUAGAGAAAGUCAUGGCCCAAUUAAGCGACCCACUGGAACCCAUCAAGGUACAAGGCUUGACCACACUGAGCAAUCUAAUCAAAGAUCGAAGCCAAAUUAUUCCGUAUUCCAAGGCAAAACAGAUUUUCCUACAACACUUGAAAGACCCUGACCCGUUUGUUUACCUGAAUGCUGUCAAGGGACUGGCCCUACUUUGCGAAGUUGAUAAGGAUGAAACCCUAGAGUGUCUGAUAAAGCUCUAUCUGAACCUGGAUCAAAAGGGCAAAAUGGACGAUAUAUUAAAAAUUGGGGAAGUCUUUACUCGUUACAUACAGAGAGAAAAUGAAGCAUUCGUAGGACCCCACGCAGAAAGGAUUGUCGAUGCAUGUCUCUUAAUGAUCAGACAGCACGAUACAUUGGACAAUCGAAUCAGAAUGUCAGCGAUCUCACUGCUAGGGAUAUGUCUACGAGUCAAUGCCAGGGGACUCCAUGAAAAGGUAUCGCUAGUCCUCGAUUGUGUAUUCGGCAUCCUACAACUCGAAACAUCUGCAAAAGACAAGAAUAAAAACAAGAACGAUACUUUUGUGGUAAGGCGUGCCGCAAUUCAUCUAAUCUCCGAUCUGUUGUGGGAUAAUGGCCUUUCGAUCCUACCAGAGCGAUACAAUCGUCAGAAACUGACUACAUUACUACAGUACGUGAGGGAACAGGACGAGGACACGUUGGUCCGCGAACACGCAAGCAACAUCCUUGAAGAACUGAACGGAACAUCCUAG